CCGCCAUAUUGGGUGCCAAACUCCUCCUCCCGGACUCCUUCACUUACCACAGGCGAUGUUGUGUCAACUUUCCCACCCAAAACUCGAGCUCCGACCAACCGUCGUCACGUGAGGGUGAUAGAGCAGGGCGCCAUGUCUCGCCGACGCUUGGAAGAAGCCAUCCUUAGAUCCAAAGUAUUAGAGAGCUCCGGGGAGAGCGUGGAUGAAGGAUCGGAUGAGGAGUACGGGAGAUACGCCGAGCUGUGUGUCAGACACCGCAUCCCUCUGACCAAGGAUUUGCACAGUCUCUACAGCCUCCGAUUCUCACCAAGCGGCAAACAGCUGGCGGUUGGAUUUGGGAAUGGCGCUAUCCAGAUUGUAAAUGUUGAACGUGGCGACCUCGGCAGGACUCUGUUCUCCGGACAUCGUACAAGACAAGCGAUCACCUCUCUCAACUACCACCCCAUAAACGCAAACAUUCUGGUGGGCGCCGGAGCCGAUGGCCUGAUCUCCUUCUAUGACAUCAAAUCUGAGCUGAACGUGUUGUCUCUAACAGAGCAGGAAAAUGAAAUUCACGCUUUGGACUUCAGCAUGGACGGCUGGGUGUUUGCCACAGCCGGGAAGGACCGACACAUCCGUCUGUAUGAUAGUCAGACCAAUGAGAUCUUGAAUGUGUUGAUGGCCCCGGACUUCCUGAUUGACGAUGAGCUGACACUGACCAGCGGGCACUCGCGCAGGAUCUUCGCUCUCAGGUUUCAUCCCUCUGAGCACCACAUAUUUGUGACAGGUGGCUGGGAUGAUUCCAUAAAGGUUUGGGACAAGCGGAUGAAGAAGGAGGCGCGGAGUAUGAUCAGCGGUCCGCACAUCUGCGGCCCAGGGAUUGAUAUUCGGAACAAUGAGAUCCUGAGCGGCUCCUGGGUGUCGAGGAAUGCUCUGCAGCUCUGGGACCUGCGCUCGUCCAGCCUGAUACAAGACGUUCCAUUUCCUGCUCCUGUCCUGCAGGGGGAGUUCCUGUACGCUGCUCGGUUCUGCACUGACCAAGUGGUCCUGGCUGGAGGCAGCGGAACGUGCAGUGCUCGAGCUAUCAACCUGAAGACACAAGAGGUCCUCGGAGAGGUGUCACUUUGCGGCAAAGCUGUGCAGACAGUAGACGCUGCCCCCGGUGGUCAAGUUGUGGCAGUGGGCGGAGUUGGUGGAAAUCUUCACAUCGCAGAGCUGUGUUGAUGUUGGUUCCAGCAUAGUCCUCAUGUUAUAGAUACAAUAUAUCAUAGAUACAAUAUAAUAUUAUAGAUACAAUACGUUAUAGAUACAAUACGUUAUAGAUACAAUAUGUUAUAGAUACAAUAUGUCAUAGAUACAAUAUAAUAUAAUAGAUA